CCGAAAGAUAAUGUACCACCAGUUGAACUGAAGCCUAUUGUUUGUUUUCUUAGCUCCAUUGGUUUCCGGGCGCGCUCGCCAUUUUGCUACUGACGAUCGUCGACGAUGCCUCGAAGGGCUAACUCUCUCUAUGUGCGUCAUCUCCCCGAUUCCUGCCGGUAUGUGUUUUUUUACCUUGAAGGUUCAUGAUUUUCUUCCAGGCACGAGGACCUCCGUCGCGCAUUUGGUCGGUACGGACGUAUAAUUGAUAUUACCAUUCCGUUGGAUUUCAACACCGGGCGAAUGAAGGGUUUCGCAUUUAUCGAGUUCGAGGACCCUAGGGACGCUGAAGAUGCUCACUACAACAUGGAUCACACACGCUUUAUGGGUCGUGAUAUCGAGGUGGAAUUUACUAGAGGGUACCGAAAAACUCCCGCUGAAAUGCGUCUGAAGGAGAGGAGAGAUGGAGGACGUGGGCCCCCAGGGCGCAGAGGCCGGUCCCGCUCACGUUCCAGGUCACGGUCUGCCAGCAGGAGAGGCAGAAGCGAGUACAAUGGCCGGAGGUCCAGCGACAGGCGCGACGACAGCCGAAGACGGGUUACAGAUGCACGACGCUCAGCCUCCCGAUCGCGAUCCCCAACCCGUUCCCGGUCUCCUAGUCAUAACGGUGUAGAAGACGGUAAAGGCAGCAGAAGGCACGACCGGCGUGAUGCACGCGCUUCUCAAAGCCCACGUCGUCGCGGCUCUGGGUCUCGCUCCCGCUCCGGUUCUUAUUAGUAUUUUUCUCUGUACAUAUUGUUCCUAUGCAUUGAAUUAUAACUUAUGUAACUCUUUCGCUAU